AUGCCAACCCAUUCUAGUUUAAUCACCCAUGUCAACUGGCUCCUAGGUGAGCGCGUACUGGUAAAUUUACAAAUUUAGCCAUCGUUUGCGCGCCUCGUUAUUUGAUUUCUCCUGUUUAGGGGGUGUUUUCACUGUCUAUUAGAAAUGUGAAUCCCUAUUGGGACUUUGGUUGAAUUAAAUGUGUAAAGUAUUAGUCAUUGUUAUGUACGUUUUGCAAUAGUAUUGCCUUCCAUUGGUAAUAUCCCUGUUCUUUGAGAAUCUAUUAACAUGUGUUGAAGGUCCUGUGCAGUCAGAAAACUAGAUUUUCCUGUGUUUUAUAAAUAUUUCCACACUAUGAGGUUGGAAUAAUACUGUGAAAGUGAUGAUAAUGAUGAUCAUUCCCUUUUAGUGUAAGAGCUGUUUGAAAAGACCGCCUGAAAUGUCAGCUGUUUUUGGUGGGAGGGAGAAUUGGCCUUCCAUGGUGACAUCACCAUGUGGUAAAUUAGUUAAUAGACCAAUAAGAAAGAGAGUUCCAAACCUCUCUGCUAACAACAGCUAAUUUUCAGUUUCCCCCUCCCCCCUCAAACCACCUCCAGACAGUCUUAGCAAAAUUCUUGCUUGAGACAUUGCUCUUUGCUAAGAUUCUAUGAUGUUUGUUUUUGACAAUUUUUAUAGGAAAAUUCACAGUAUGGUACUUAAUUGUUACCCAGAAAUGAUUUGAUAUUGAGAUAAAAACUGCUGCAUUGGACCUUUAAUGGUUUAUCCUAGGUUAGCACAGGUCCUGUUAGGAUGCCUGUGCUGACUGCUCCUCCUCAUUCAGGGGGAUAUUGCGUUUAGACAGGCAGCGCAAUUCAGAUAUUAUUUUCCCACUAAUUGGUCUUUUGACCAAUCAGAUCAGCUCGUUCGCCAAUAAUUGGGCAAAAGAUACGAAUUGGGUGUGCCUGUUGUAUACGCAGCCAGGCAUUGAGACUGUCUCUCAGAUGAAGGGAGGACACACCCUCUAGCGACAGAAGUGUGCUAGUAGAGGGCAGUGCAUUAGCCUCACCUCCUCUCUCAGCACUCUGCUGCAUCGUGAAUAGGUUGCCAUAGUGAUAGGUCCCCUUGUGUAUACAUAAUACUAACUAGCACAACGUUUCCCAAACCCCACACAUGAAUGUCUAGGUCCAAAAGACUUCUCAACAGCUUCUACCCCCAAGCCAUAAGACUCCUGAACAGCUAAUCAUGGCUACCCGGACUAUUUGCACUGCCCCCCCCACCCCAUCCUUUUUACGCUGCUGCUACUCUGUUAAUUAUUUAUGCAUAGUCACUUUAACUCUACCCACAUGUACAUAUUACUUCAACUACCUCAACUAGCCCCCGCACAUUGACUCUGCACUGGUACCCCCCUGUAUAUAGCCUCCCUACUGUUCUUUUAUUUUACUUCUGCUCUUUUUUUGUUGUAGUUUUAUUUUACUUUUUUAUUUAAAAAAAUACAUGCAUUGUUGGUUAAGGGCUGUAAGUAAGCAUUUCACUGUAAUGUCUACACCUGUUGUAUUCGGCGCAUGUGGCCAAUACAUUUGAUUUGAUUUGAUGAAUGGUCUCAGGAUGCUUUACUGUUGGCAUGACACAGGACUGAUGAUAGCGCUCAUCUUGUCUUCUCUGGACAAGCUUUUUUUCCGGAUGCCCCAAACAAUCGGAAAGGGGAUUAAUCAGAGAAAAUGACUUUACCCCAGUCCUCAGUAGUCCAAUCCCUGUACCUUUUUGCAAAAUAUCAGUCUGUCCCUGAUGUUUUUUCUGGAGAGAAGUGGCUUCCUCGCUGCCCUUCUUGACACCAGGCCAUCCUCCAAAAGUCUUCACCUCACUGUGCGUGCAGAUGCACUCACACCUGCCUGCUGCCAUUCCUGAGCAAGCUCUGCACUGGUGGUGCCCCGAUCCCGCAGCUGAAUCAACUUUAGGAGACGGUACUGGCGCUUGCUGGACUUUCUUGGGUGCCCUGAAGCCUUCUUCACAACAAUUGAACCUCGAACCUUGAAGUUCUUGAUGAUCCGAUAAAUGGUUGAUUUAGGUGCAAGCUUACUAGCAGCAAUAUCCUUGCCUGUGAAACCCUUUUUGUGCAAAGCAAUGAUGACGGCACGUGUUUCCUUGCAGGUAACCAUGGUUAAGAGGACGAACAUUGAUUUCAAGCACCACCUUCCUUUUAAAGCUUCCAGUCUGUUAUUCUAACUCAAUCAGCAUGACAGAGUGAUCUCCAGCCUUGUCCUCGUCAACACUCUCACCUGUGUUAACGAGAGAAUCACUGACAUAAUGUCAUCUGGUCCUUUUGUGGCAGGGCUGAAAUGCAGUGGAAAUGUUUUUUUGGGGGAUUAAGUUAAUUUUCAUGGCAAAGAGGGACUUUGCAAUUAAUUGCAAUUCAUCUGAUCACUCUUCAUAACAUUCUGGAGUAUAUGCAAACUGCCAUCAUAAAAACUGAGGCAGCAGACUUUGUGAAAAUUAAUUUUUGUGUCAUUCUCAAAACUUUUGACCAUGACUGUAUAUACAGUGUUGUAACAAUGUGCAAAUAGUUAAAGUACAAAUUGGAAAAUAAAUAAACAUAAAUAUGGGUUGUAUUUACAAUGGUGUUUGUUCUUCACUGGUUGCCCUUUUCUUGUGGCAACAGGUCACAAAUAUUGCUGCUGUGAUGGCACACUGUGGUUUUUCACCCAGUAGAUAAGGGAGUUUAUCAAAAUUGGGUUUGUUUUCGAAUUCUUUGUGGAUCUCUGUAAUCUGAGGGAAAUAUGUGUCUCUAAUAUGGUCAUACAUUUGGCAGGAGGUUAGGAAGUGCAGCUCAGUUUCCACCUCAUUUUGUGGGCAGUGUGCACAUAGCCUGUCUUCUCUUGAGAGCCAGGUCUGCCUAUGGCGGCCUUUCUCAAUAGCAAGGCUAUGUUCACUGAGUCUGUACGUAGUCAAAGCUUUCCUUAAGUUUGGGUCAGUCACAGUGGUCAGGUAUUCUGCCACUGUGUACUCUCUGUUUAGAGCCAAAUAGCAUUCUAGUUUGCUCUGUUUUUUUUUGUUAAUUCUUUCCAAUGUGUCAUGUAAUUCUCUUUUUGUUUUCUCAUGAUUUGGUUGGGUCUAAUUGUGUUUUUUUUUUUUUUUUUUUUUGUCCUGAGGCUCUGUGGGGUCUGUUUGUGUUUGUGAACAGAGCCCCAGGACCAGCUUACUUAGGGGACUCUUCUCCAAGUAUCGGCCUAAUUCUGCUCUGCAUCCAUUAUUUGGUGUUUUACGUUGUACACAGAGGAUAUUUUUGUAGAAUUCUGCAUGCAGAGUCUCAAUUUGGUGUUUGUCCCAUUUUGUGAAUUAUUGGUUGGUGAGCGGACCCCAGACCUUACAAACAUAAAGGGCAAUGGGUUCUAUAACUGAUUCAAGUAUUUUUAGCCAGAUCCUAAUUGGUAUGUCAAAUUCUAUGUUCCUUUUGAAGGCAUAGAAGGCCCUUCUUGCCUUGUCUCUCAGAUCGUUCACAGCUUUGUGGAAGUUACCUGUUUUGUGUGCUCUAGGGCAGCGGUGUCUAGAUGGAAUUUGUAUUUGUGGUCCUGGCAACUGGACCUUUUUUGGAACACCAUUCUUUUUGUCUUACUGAGAUUCACUGUCAGGGCCCAGGUCUGACAGAAUCUGUGCAGAAGAUCUAGGUGCUGCUGUAGGCCCUCCUUGAUUGGUGACAGAAGCACCAGAUCGUCAGCAAACAGUAGACAUUUGACUUGUGUGUGUUUUUUCAAAUUUUAACUGCACACUUGUUGUUUUUUGCUGUUUGUUCUUUGUUAUAGGGCCAAAAAGAUUGGAUAAGUGGUUUACCCAUACAUCUCUGUUUUGGAUAGAUAGCUCUUUGUGUUGUUGUUUGUUUAGUGUUUUCCAAUUUUCCCAGAAGUGGUUAGAGUCUAUGGAUUCUUCAAUUACAUUGUGCUGAUUUCUGACAUGCUGUUCCUUCUUUUUCCGUAGUGUAUUUCUGUAUUGUUUUACUGAUUCACCAUAGUGAAGGCGUAGGCUCAUGUUUUCUGGGUCUCUAUGUUUUUGGUUGGAUAGGUUUCUCAAUUUCAUUCUUAGGUUUUUGCAUUCUUCAUCAAACCAUUUGUCACUGUUAUCAGGGUGGCGGACGGGACGGGACGGGGGGGGGGGUGCUCAGAGGGGUUGGGAUCCCCAGGGCUUUGGGUUCUUCAUUUGUUUGUCUGGCUGUGAUGUCGAGGCUAUGGUCACGGUCUAAGGUGUACUGUUCUGCUGCGGUGUCGAGACUUUGGCCAGGAUCUAAGGUGGGCUGUCCUGCUGGCUUCUCUGCAGGGGUGGCUAGCUCUCUUAAUGGGUUGUUCUCUGACAACCAUCAUCAUUCUCACCUUCUCCUCCAGCACUCUGAUCCUCUCCUCUAGUGCUCUGUUCUUCUCCUGCUCCUGUUCUUUCUCCUGUUGAUGUUGUCUCACCACAGUCCAGAGUGCAGACAUGUCUCUCUACCUCCAGCUCUCCAGGUCUAGUUAAGGGGGUGUUGUUGUGCUGGACUGUUGUCUGGGUCUGUGCUGACUGGAGUGUGUUCACCUGCUGUUCCAGCUCCACCUGCCUUACCUCCAGCUGGGUGAAUGUAUCCUUAAUUUCAAUGAGGGAGUAGUACUCUGUGCUGGGAAGUUGACUUUCCGCUUGGGGUUGCUCUGUGGGGUUAUUUAAUGAAGAGGUCUGGUCUGACCCGCUCGGGGUGGGGGUAUCUUUCUCAAGGGAGAGCUUCUCCUGCUGAGCUAUUUCUUUGAUUAGGUGAAAGUCCAGGUGGAACUGUUUGGUGUUGCCCUGUACCAAAACUGUUCCAGAUUUAUAGAUUUAUAUUAGACGACUCAGAGUCCUCGUUGUCUAGUUUCCUGAGUUUCCACCCAUCACUAACACCCCCCCUCUUAACAGAGGGGUAGUGUGCUAGUAUAGCACUGUGCCAUGCCAGGGGAUAGUCUGUGUGGAAGAUAAGGUUGCUUAUGUUCCCAUUUUUAUAAAAGUCAGCAAAAAGUGUCUCCUGAUUUCCCAUAAGGAGCUUCAUUUUGUACUCUUUUCGUGUCUUAUCGUUCUUUACAUUCAGAGGGUACUGUAUUUUAAUGACCUCUGAACAGCGGGAGGGUGCUUCUAAGGCCUCUCCAUUAAGUUGGGGUAGACUGUGCGACUCUCCUGCCAUUGUUGGGCUCAAGGGCUUUGACACCUCUCACUUCACACGUCAGUGCUAAUUGAAGUUGUAUCUCGUUGUACUAGAAAGCUUGGUAGCCUUAGCAUUCAGUCCUUAUAAAGUAAAAUAUAUCAUUGUAAUGUAUUUUUCUUCUUGGUUUUUGAAAGUAAAAAAUUGUUUCAGACUAAACAUUACUCAAUCAGUUUUAGGUUGGAUGGUGUUUUCAAGUUUCUGUUUGUUUGCCAGAGCAUUUGCUGUAUAGAUUGGGAAUAGUAAGCCUUGGUAGUGGAAAGCCUUCCAGGUAAUUCCAGGUAAUUCUGUCCAAAAUCAGGUUGUAGGUUUGGAGUUUUGGUUUGGAAUGAAAGUUGUGUUGUGGAGGGUAGCAUCCUCUAUAUGUCCCUGCCAAAAAAUGUAAGUUUAUCUAACUCUAAAUCUAUAUUUUUUGUAAAAACAUGCUGAAAAAUGCAGGAGCAAUGUCUUUGAUCUCUCACUAUCUCUCUCUCUCUCUCUCUCUCUCUCUCUCUCUCUCUCUCUCUCUCUCUCUCUCUCUCUCUCUCUCUCUCUCUCUCUCUCUCUCUCUCUCUCUCUCUCUCUCUCUCUCAAUUCAAUUCAAUUCAAUUUCAAUUUAAGGGCUUUAUUGGCAUGGGAAACGUAUGUUAACAUUGCCCAAAGCAAGUGAAGUAGUAUAGUAAACAAAAAGUGAAAUAAACAAUAAAGAUUAACAGUAAACAUUACACUCAGAAGGUUUCAAAAGAAUAAAGGACAUUUCAAACGUCAUAUUAUGUAUAUAUACAGUGUUGUAACUCUCUCUCUCUCUCUCUCUCUCUCUCUCUCUCUCUCUCUCUCUCUCUCUCUCUCUCUCUCUCUCUCUCAAUUCAAUUCAAUUCAAUUCAAUUCAAUUUCAAUUUAAGGGCUUUAUUGGCAUGGGAAACGUGUGUUAACAUUGCCAAAGCAAGUGAAGUAGAUAGUAAACAAAAGUUGAAAUAAACAAUAAAUAUUAACAGUAAACAUUACACUCAGAAGUUUCAAAAGAAUAAAGACAUUUCAAAUGUCAUAUUAUGUAUAUAUACAGUGUUGUAACAAUGUGCAAAUAGUUAAAGUACAAAUGGGAAAAUAAAUAAACAUAAAUAUGGGUUGUAUUUACAAUGGUGUUUGUUCUUCACUGGUUGCCCUUUUCUUGUGGCAACAGGUCACAAAUCUUGCAGCUGUGAUGGCACACUGUGGUUUUUCACCCAGUAGAUAAGGGAGUUUAUCAAAAUUGGGUUUGUUUUCGAAUUCUUUGUGGAUCGCUGUAAUCUGAGGGAAAUAUGUGUCUCUAAUAUGGUCAUACAUUUGGCAGGAGGUUAGGAAGUGCAGCUCAGUUUCCACCUCAUUUUGUGGGCAGUGUGCACAUAGCCUGUCUUCUCUUGAGAGCCAGGUCUGCCUACGGCGGCCUUUCUCAAUAGCAAGGCUAUGCUCACUGAGUCUGUACAUAGUCAAAGCUUUCCUUAAGUUUGGGUCAGUCACAGUGGUCAAGUAUUCUGCCACUGUGUACUCUCUGUUUAGGGCCAAAUAGCAUUCUAGUUUGCUCUGUUUUUUUGUUUGUUCUUUCCAAUGUGUCAAGUAAUUCUCUUUUUGUUUUCUCAUGAUUUGGUUGGGUCUAGUUGUGUUGUUGUUGUUGUUGUCCUGGGGCUGUGUGGGGUCUGUUUGUGUUUGUGAACAGAGCCCCAGGACAAGCUUACUUAGGGGACUCUUCUCCAAGUUCAUCUCUCUGUAGGUGAUGGCUUUGUUAUGGAAGGUUUGGGAAUCGCUUCCUUUUAAGUGGUUAUAGAAUUUAACGGCUCUUUUCUGGAUUUUGAUCAUUAGCGGGUAUUGGCCUAAUUCUGCUCUGCAUGCAUUAUUUGGUGUUUUACGUUGUACACGGAGGAUGUUUUUGCAGAAUUCUGCAUGCAGAGUCUCAAUUUGGUGUUUGUCCCAUUUUGUGAAUUCUUGGUUGGUGAGCGGACCCCAGACCUCAGAACCAUAAAGGGCAAUGGGUUCUAUAACUGAUUCAAGUAUUUUUAGCCAGAUCCUAAUUGGUAUGUCAAAUUUUAUGUUCCUUUUGAUGGCAUAGAAGGCCCUUCUUGCCUUGUCUCUCAGAUCGUUCACAGCUUUGUGGAAGUUACCUGUGGCGCUGAUGUUUAGGCCGAGGUAUGUAUAGUUUUUUGUGUGCUCUAGGGCAACGGUGUCUAGAUGGAAUUUGUAUUUGUGGUCCUGGCAACUGGACCUUUUUUGGAACACCAUUAUUUUUGUCUUACUGAGAUUUACUGUCAGGGCCCAGGUCUGACAGAAUCUGUGCAGAAGAUCUAGGUGCUGCUGUAGGCCCUCCUUGGUUGGUGACAGAAGCACCAGAUCGUCAGCAAACAGAAGACAUUUGACUUCAGAUUCUAGUAGGGUGAGGCCGGGUGCUGCAGACUGUUCUAGUGCCCUCGCCAAUUCGUUGAUAUAUAUGUUGAAGAGGGUGGGGCUUUAAACUGCAUCCCUGUCUCACCCCACGGCCCUGUGGAAAGAAAUGUGUGUGUUUUUUUGCCAAUUUUAACCGCACACUUGUUGUUUGUGUACAUGGAUUUUAGAAUGUCGUAUGUUUUUCCCCCAACCCCACUUUCCAUCAAUUUGUAUAGCAGACCCUCAUGCCAAAUUGAGUCAAAAGCUUUUUUGAAAUCAACAAAGCAUGAGAAGACUUUGCCUUUGUUUUGGUUUGUUUGUUUGUCAAUUAGGGUGUGCAGGGUGAAUACGUGGUCUGUCGUACGGUAAUUUGGUAAAAAGCCAAUUUGACAUUUGCUCAGUACAUUGUUUUCACUGAGGAAAUGAACUAGUCUGCUGUUAAUGAUAAUGCAGAGGAUUUUCCCAAGGUUGCUGUUGACGCAUAUCCCACGGUAGUUAUUGGGGGUCAAAUUUGUCUCCACUUUUGUGGAUUGGGGUGAUCAGUCCUUGGUUCCAGAUGUUGGGGAAGUUGCCAGAGCUAAGGAUGAUGUUUAAAGAGUUUAAGUAUAGCUAAUUGAAAUUUGUGGUCUGUAUAUUUUAUCAUUUCAUUGAGGAUACCAUCAACACCACAGGACUUUUUGGGUUGGAGGGUUUGUAUUUUAUCCUGUAGUUCAUUCAAUGUAAUUGGAGAAUCCAGUGGGUUCUGGUAGUCUUUAAUAGUUGAUUCUAAGAUUUGCAUUUGAUCAUGUAUAUUUUUUUUGCUGUUUGUUCUCUGUUAUGGGCCAAAAAGAUUGGAGAAGUGGUUUUACCCAUACAUCUCCGUUUUGGAUAGAUAGCUCUUCGUGUUGUUGUUUUGUUUAGUGUUUUCCAAUUUAUACCCAAGUGGUUAGAGUCUAUGGAUCUUCAAUUACAUUGAGCUGAUUUCUGACAUGCUGUUCCUUCUUUUUUCGUUAGUGUAUUUCUGUAUGUUUUAGUGAUUCACCAUAGUGGAAGGCGUCAGGCUCAGGGUUUUCUGGGUUCUCUAUGUUUUUGGUUGGAUAGGUUUCUCAAUUUCUUUUUCGUAGUUUUUUUGCAUUCUUCAUCAAACCAUUUUUCUCUGAUCUCUCUCUAUUCCUCUACCUCUCUCUCUCUCUCUCUCUCUAGCUCUCUCUCUCUAUCUCUAUCUCUCUCUCAUCUCUCUCUCUCUCUCUCUCUCUCUCUCUCUCUCUCUCUCUCUCUCUGCUCUCCUCUCUCUCUCUCUCUCUCUCUGUACAGGUUCUGUUCUCUCUCUUCUGUGACUGAAGGAGGAGGAGGAAGUUUCCACAGAGGAGCAGGAGGAGGAAGAGGAGGAGGACUGGGAAAAGGCAUUAUCAGUGGAGAGGUUCGUGGACAUCAUCGCUGACUCUGCGUUCAGCGGUGGAGAAAAGAUGGGCCGCAACUACAACGAGAAGGAUUUUGAGUGUAAGCCAUUUACCAAUCUGUAGUCUUCUUUACCGGUAUGCUUUUGUAGAACACAGAGUAAACUUUCAAUGAAUGUCUGACUAGUGUUGUCACGAUACCAGAAUGUUUACUUCGAUACCGAUACCAGGUUUAGCAUCACAAUACUCAAAACCAUCACGAUACUCGAUACCAAAACGAAACCAUAACAAAAAAUAAGAUGUAUUAGCCAAAGUCACAGAAUGGCACUUGAUCCAGAGAGAUACUCAGCUACUGCUCUGUUCAAUCGUUGGGCAUCUUGUGAGUUCAAUAUCAUUACAUCUGAACAUUGUAUGUACAUUUUUGUUUUUGAGACAGCCAUGUAUGCAUUAAUUCAAUCAAUUAUACAAUCAUACAAUCAUUUUGACUUUGUUUUUACCAAUCUAACUACAAAACAACAUAAUGAUAAUAAUUUAUUUGAAUGGUAAAUCUCUAUUGAUAAACUGGGUAAAUCUGAUAUCAUGGGGCUACAGAUGACAAAUAUUUUUUAUUUAUUGGAAACUGCUAGGAGAACAUUUUAUUGUAUUGUAGUGAUCAACAACAUUUGCAUAGAAUAAGCAAUGCUUCUUUUAUAAAAAUGUGCGUUGUCUCUUUAAGAAAGUAAUGAUGUCAGUUGUCGUCCAGGUAGGGGAGGGAAUGGCCGGCAGGGAUGGGAAUGGCCGGCAGGGAUGGGAAUGGCCGGCAGGGAUGUAGCUCAGCUGGUAGAGCAUGGCGUUUGCAACGCCAGGGUUGUAGGUUCAUUUCCCACGGGGGGCUAGUAUGAAAAAUUAAAAAUAAAAAAAUAAAAAAUAAUGUAUGCACUCACUAACUGUAAGUCACUCUGGAUAAGAGCGUCUGCUAAAUGACUAAAAUGUAAAAAUGUAAAUGUAGUUGUGAGGCAGAAAGUGGCUGUGGAAUCUAACUUUGUGGCUAUGGAAUCUAGUGGAAAUCAGAUGGAAGGCGAGAGAGAUUAAGAAAUUAAUUAUUUUUUUGUGGCGUGGGAGACGAAGUGAAUUAAUUACGUUUUUGGUGACAAUCAGCUUUAAAAUCAGCAUAUUUUGCUUUAUGGCUAGCAUAUUAUCACAAACAAGGUACUAAGGUAGGGAAUACAAGCUAGCAAGGAAAGUUAGGCUACAAUUAAAGCUGAAAUCUACCGGUAUCGUCUUACAUUGUAAAAGUGUUCUAACCUGUGUGUACAUUGUUUUGCGAACAGCAAUGAACAGGUUCAACAUUUUUACAUGCCUUGUUGCAUUAUUCAAGUGUGUUAACUUCUUUUGCAACAUGAGUGUCUCCCGAGUGGCGCAGUGGUCUAAGGCACUGAAUCGCAGUGCUAGCUGUGCCACUAGAGAGACCCAUGGGGCGGCGCAGAAUUGGCCCGGCGUCAUCCAGGGUAGGGGAGGGAAUGGCCGGCAGGGAUCUGGCUCAGUUGGUAGAGUAUGGCGUUUGCAACGCCAGGGUUGUGGGUUCGAUUCCCACGGGGGGCCAGUAUGAAAAAUAUAUAUAAUGUAUGCACUCACUAACUGUAAGUCGCUCUGGAUAAGAGCGUCUGCUAAAUGACUAAAAUGUAAAUGAGUGGGGAGCUAAUGCAGCCCAGACUCCUCUAGCAAUGAAUGAGGAAGUGGUCUUCAUGCUAUAAAGGGGCUGCGGUGAUAGACAGACCUAAUCCUCUCAAUCACGUGAGACACAUUUGACCCAAGUACAGAACAUAACAAAAAUGUAAGUACCGUUUAUUCAUUUUUUUUUUUAUCGACAAAGUACCGAAUUUUCAGGAUAACUUGCAACACUACUGCUUACCCAGUUUUUUGGGGGUGUUCUCCGAACUUAAUAACCGUUUUUGCUAACAGGAAUGAGUGUUGCCUUAAAGAUAAUAUGUUGGUAUCACUUAAAGGUCCAAUGUAGCCGUUUUUAUCUCAAUAUCAAAUCAUUUUUGGGUAACAAUUAAGUACCUUACUGUGAUUGUUUUCAAUUAAAAUCGUCAAAAAGAAAGAAAAAUAGCUUCUUAGCAGAGCAAUUUCUCAAUCAAGAAUUUUGCUAGGACUGUCUGGGAGUGGUUUGAGCGGGGAGGGGAAAACUAAAAAUGUGCUGUUAUUGGCAGAGAGGUUUGGAACUCUCUUUCUUCUUGGUCUAUUAACUAAUUUACCACCUGGUGAUGUCACCAUGGAAGGCCAAAACUCCAUCCCGCUAAAAUAGGCUGACAUUUCAGCCGGUCUUUUCAAACAACUCUUACACUAAAAGGGAAUAAUCAUCAUUUUCACAUUUUCACAGUAUUAUUCCAACCUCAUAUAAACACAACAUGCAACAAUUUCUAAGAUUUUACUGAGUCACAGUUCAUAUAUGGAUAUCAUUCAAUUGAAAUAAAUUCAUUAGGCCCUAAUCUAUGGAUUUCACAUGACUGGGAAUACAGAUAUGUAUAUGUUGGUCACAGAUACCUUAAAAAAAUAGGUGAAUCCGAAAACAAGUCAUUAUCUGGUGUGACCACCAUAUGCCUCAUGCAGUGCGACACAUCUCCUUCGCAUAGAGUUGAUCAGGCUUUUGCGACAUGGGGCUGUGCAUUAUCAUGCUGAAACAUGGCGUGAUGGCGGCAGAUGAAUGGCAUGACAGUGGGCCUCAGGAUCUCGUCAUGGUAUCUCUGUGUAUUCAAAUUACCAUUGAUAAAAUGCAAUUGUGUUUGUUGAGUUGGGCAGUGGUCUAAGGCACUUCAUCGCAGUGCUAGCUGUGCCACUAGAGAUCCUGGUUGGAAUCCAGGCUCUGUCGUAGCCGGCCGCGACCGGGAGACCCAUGGGGCGGCGCACAAUUGGCCCAGCGUCGUCCAGGGUAGGGGAGGGAAUGGCCGGCAGGGAUGUAGCUCAGUUGGUAGAGCAUGGCAUUUGCAACGCCAGGGUUGUGGGUUCGAUUCCAGUAUGAAAAAAUAAUAAUGUAUGCACUCACUAACUGUAAGUCGCUCUGGAUAAGAGCGUCUGCUAAAUGACUAAAAUGUAAAUGUUGUCCAUAUUUUAUGCCUGCCAAUACCAUAACCCCACCGCCACCAAGGGGCACUCUGUUCACAUCGUUGACAUCAGCAAACCGCUCGCCCACACAACGCCAUGCAUGUGGUCUGCGGUUGUGAGGCCGGUUGGAUGUACUGCCAAAUUCUCGAAAAUAAUGUUGGAGGCGGCUUAUGGUAGAGAAAUUAACAUUAAAUGAUCUGGCAACAGCUCUGGUGUACAUUCCUGCAGGCAGCAUGCCAAUUGCACACUCCCUCAAAACUUGCGACAUCUGUGGCAUUGUGUUGUGUGUUGAAAAUGCAAAUUUUAGAGUGGCCUUUUAUUGUCCACAGCACAAGGUGCACCUGUGUAUAACACACCUGUCAGGUGGAUGGAUUAUCUUGGCAAAGGAGAAAUGCUUACUAACAGGGAUGUAAACAAAUUUGUGCUCAACAUUUUAGAGAAAUAAGCUUUUUGUGCAUAUGUAAAAAUCUUGGGAUCUUUUAUGUCAGCUCAUGAAACAUGGGACCAACACUUUACAUGUUGCAUUUAUAUUUUUGUUCAGUGUAUAUAAAACACAGGAAAAUCAUGUUUUUGAGUGACACUGGGCCUUUAACUUAAGCCUGUCAGUAUCAUUCUUUAUAAUUUGUUAUAAGCAUAUGAGCCUUUGUAAUGUCAGGGGCAUUUCUGUCUGUUCAUCAACAUUUCAAUUGCUUUAAAAUGUCUGAUCUGAGUUAUUUUUUUUUUAAUGAUCAGAUGGUUAGAAUACAUUAUAAAGGGGUUGUAACUGGCUCAUGACAAGUCUUGCACGCAUUAUGUCGGCAGGCUUGGACGCUAUUUUCACUUAAACUCCUACCCUUCCUUUCACAGAUCACAGGCACACCUUUCACCACACCCACCACCCGCUGUCCACCCAUCUACCCCCACCCCAGCGUCUACGCAAGCGGGUGCUCAGCGUGGACCGUAACCACCGGCGCAAGAAGAAGCGCAAGAACAAAAAAACCUCCAUGGCGCCCUCGGAGGUCACGCCCACCAUCCAUGAGGUAGACGAGGAGGAGGAGGUGUCUGAGACAGAGGGGCGGGACCUGGCAGCCACGCCCACCGAGCAGCCCGAUGACCAACUGCAGGUAACAUAACAGAGAAAGGUGUGAUCAUGUCUGACAGCUUGUCAGAAUACUUCCUAUUGUUAUUGAUCAUUUCUUGUUUAUUCAGUGCGAUACAAUGUUUGGAAUGUUGCAAGUAGAAGUUUUGUUUAUUAAUUUGUUAUAUACUAAUUCAGUAUAUUAAUUUCAAAGACACUCCAGAGAGAAAUGUCUGUCACACUCUACAUGUUAUGUGUGAGGGAGGAAGGCUGGGAAUUCUGGUCUCCUGUGUAAUAUGAGAGCUUUGAUGAAGAGCAGGCUGCAGCUGACACAGGGAAGAUGAAGAUAUGUUAGUACUAGUCUAUCAGGUGCCCUGGAGAGAGAGGAAGAGAGGGAGAUAGUUGACUUAUCUUCCCCUGCUACUUGUACUACAACUAUUUGCACGUUGUUGAAAAAACACUGUACACGGCUGAUAAUAUGACAUUAGAAACAUCUUUAUCCUUUUGAAACCUUUGAGUGCAAUUUAUUUAUUUAUUUCUUCUCACUUUUGUUUAUUGUUUUUUCAUUGUUGCAAGUUACUGUGCCCAGUAACACAUGUCCGCGAGGAGAGAGAGAAGAGAAUGAGAGAGAGAGAGAGAGAGAGAGAAGAGAGAAGAGAGAGGAGACGAGAGAGAGACAGAGAGAAGGCAGAGACGAAGAAGAAGAGACAAAGAGAAGACGAGACGAGUGAGAGUAGAGAUAGAGAUGGAGAGAUAGAUGAGAUAGAAGAGAGACAGAGAGAGAGAAAGAGAGAGAGAGAAAGAGAGAAGAGAAGAGAGAGGAGAGAGAGAAGAAGAACAGAAAGAGAGAGACUUACGAGUUAGGAGUCCUAUGUUCGACACCUUCUGCCAAAGUCUGACUGGGACAGGACAGCACCUGACUUGAACUGACACUCAUGAUCCAGGUACUUGAAGUCAAUCAGCUGGCCUUUGGAUUGGAUCUUCAGAUGGAGCUGUUAGGGAUUUCCUGUACAAGGACCAAUGUAACCAACUCCCUCUCCUCUUAGUUUAGCCUGGGGAGUGAGGAGAAUUUGGAGCCGGCUCUCCCCCUAACUUCCUUCCACAUGGAGAGCGAACAACAACAUCCGCCGCCAGAGAAGACCACACUGGCCACGGCAGAAGAGGAGGAGGUGGUGGAGGAGGAGGUGGUGGAGGGGGAGAUGGAGGAGGGGGAGAUGGAGGAGGAGCAGCAACAACAGGAGGUUCGGGAGCAACCAGAGGAUGAGGAGGGUGAUGAAGAGUCCACCAACAGGUGUGCCCAGACUCAGAUGUUUGGAUGCAUAAAGCAAUGUGACGGUAGCUAGCAGGUGAUUAGGUACAGUAACUUGGCUGUGUGGUGAAACAAUGAAGUUAUUUCAAAUCAGCCAAUUGUAUUGUUCACUUCAAAAUGCAGCAACCAGCCAACACUUAUUUUGUUAGCACACCUCGCCGUAAGGCACAAGGUGAAACUAGGAUUAUACUAGAAAGAUGAUAUGCUUCGUGAAUUGUGAACUAAGAAAACACAGAACUAGAGUGCACUAAAAAUAGUACAGUGCCUACAAUAUUUAUUUUGUAUGACAGAGGUCUGUACUCAACAUUUGAAGAUAUUUAAUGAUCUCAUCAACCAAAUACCCAGCUCUUCCUACAAUGCUCUUCAUUUUAAGAACUUCUAACAUUCCAUGCUCAUUACUCCCGAUUCCGGUAUAAUUAUUUGUUUUUAAGUGAACAUCUAAAAACAUCAAAGCAUUUAUGUGGCUCAAAAGGACACAGUGUGCCUGUCACAAUCAUGUCUCGAGGGGCACGUGUCCUAGAUAUGAUCUUUAUGAGCAAACCCAUCUGACUCAUUAACACACAGCUAUGAGAAUAUGAAUUAUUUGAUAAUGGAUGUAAUAAUGUAUGGAUUCAUCCUGGGAGGUCAGGGACUGUGUGGAGCCCAGGGUCAUAUUCAUUAGGGCACAACGUAGCAAAACAUUUUGCAACGGAAACAAAAAUUAGCAUUUCUUAUUGGACAACUCCAGGUAGUCCCUCCCUGUUUUAUUCAGUUUUCUUCCGCUUGGAGCCUAAUGAAUACAACCCAGGUACUUGUUUUCCCCACUACAGGGUGGUUAAUCUCAUUGAUUUAUUAUUAUUGCAGCAGCAAACAAGGAACAUAGUCACAAUGUCAUGUAAUGUUAUGCAAUUGGGUGAGGAAGCCAGUGUUUGUGGUGCUGUGAUGUGUUCUGGCGCCCUCUGUUGGAUGAUGCACCACACUACACCCAACAAUCAAACCCUUCCCAGAUUAUUCAUUCUGUGUGUGUGUGUGUGCCAGUCAAGAUGUUUGUUUGUAUGGACUGGGUUGAUGUUUGAUACCAUGUUCAUUUUUGAAGAAGGAUAAGCAGAAAGUAUAUUCUGGAAUUCUAAUACUUUGGGACAAAAAAGCACCAAUUCUGAACUGGUUUAUGGCUGACGGUCCUUCAUGAUAGCUGACACAAUGGAUUACAGAUAUUUACCUGACAUACAUGAAAAGCAAACAUUUGAAGAAUCAAAUACAAUAUGAUGGGUUUUCACAUGCACUCAAGUGAUCCCGCUGCACUCUCCGUGAUCCUCCCUGUGUUCCCCUUCCCCAGGUGCCCCCCCCCUGCGGACCCCCCUAGCAUGACCACCUGCGGCUGGUUCAGGAGGAAUCCUCUCCACCCUGCUCCGCGGACCAGUUACGACCUGCGGGAGCGCGUCUGCAUUGGCAGCAUGACGGCCAUGGAAACAGCCGUGUACCAGAAGGUGCCCACCGACGAGGCUGAGGCUCAGAUGCUGGCUAGCGCCGACCUGGACGACAUGAAGAGUAAGACUCACACACACACACACCAGAGAGAACGAACCAUUCCAAUAUCAACCCCUCUAGCCAAUCCUCCUGCUAUAGAGCUACCUUCCUGCGGCCCUAAUCUACCACAUCUGAUUCUACUAAUUAGCUGCUUCUCGGGACCAUGAUUGGCUGAAUCUGGUGUAUACUGUAUUUGUAGGGCUAGAGUAAAAGCCUGCACUCCCAGCUGCUGGAGGAGGGUUGACCACUCCUGCCUGGCUUAGCCCCCGUUUCCUGAACAAGGGCAUACCAUGUUUAUUGAAAGUAGAGGGUAAAGGUAGUGUAAUUCAUACAAAGUAACGUUGGUGGCAGUUUUAAAUAAUAAACCUAAUGCAUACCUUGAGACUUAAAUAUAUUUGGACCAAAGUCUCGGUUCCUCAUUUGGCGCCUCUUGAUGGACCGACCCAGUCAGCAUCCUUUACGCCUGACAAAGGCAGGUUGCUCCAAUUGGACGCCAUGCUCCAGUUGCCUUCCCAGCUGUUCUGCUGUGGGAGUUUGAAGGUGACAGUUUGAAGCAGGUCUGA